AUGUCCGAAGCCACGUUCGAGCGCCUCGUCGCCCACGCACGCGAGACCGCGCUGCUGACCUCGAUCUCGGGGCUCGUCGAGUGGGACGAGCAGACCUACCUGCCGCGGGCCGGGGCCGACUACCGCGCGGAGCAGUCGGCGUAUCUGGCCGGACUGGUGCACCGCCGCAACACGGCGCCGGAGGUUGGCGACUGGCUCGCCGAGCUGCGCGACAGCCCGCUGGCGGCCGAUCCUGCGAGCGAAGCGGGUUGCGUCAUUCGGCAGCUCUCGCACCGCUACGAACGGCAGACCCGCCUGCCGGCCGAGUUGGUCGAGGCGAUCGCCCGGACGUCGAGCCAAGCGCAGCACGCGUGGGUCGCGGCCCGCAAGGCGGACGAUUUUGAGUCGUUCCGGCCGUGGCUCGAGAAGACGCUGAAGCUGCAACGCGAGCAAGCGGCGGCGUUCGGCUUCGAGCGGUCGCCGUACGACGCGCUGCUCGAAGAGUACGAGCCGGGCGAGACGGCCGAGUCGGUCGGCGCCGUCUUGAGCGGGCUGCGCGAGGAGCUCGCCCCGCUCGUGCGGCAGAUCGUCGAGAGCGGCGUCAACGCCCCGAGCGACUUAGUGUGCCGUGAGUUCGCGGUCCAGCAGCAAGAGGCUUUCGGCAAAGCCGCUGCCGCGGCGAUCGGCUUCGACUUCGAGGCGGGCCGACUCGACGUGACGGCUCACCCGUUCUGCGGCGCGGCGGGGCCGCGCGACGUGCGUCUGACGACGCGCUACCAGGCGAACGACUUCGGCGACGGCUUCUUCAGCAUCCUGCACGAAGCGGGCCACGGCAUGUACGAGCAAGGGCUGCAGGCCGACUGGUUCGGCUUGCCGCCCGGCGAAGCGAUCUCGCUCGGGAUCCACGAGUCGCAGUCGCGGAUGUGGGAGAACCUCGUCGGUCGCAGCCGGGGAUUUUGGACGCGCUUCUUCCCUCAGUUGAGCGAGGCGUUCCCCGCGGCGAUGGCGGGAGUCGAUCCCGACGCGUGGUGGUUCGCCGUCAACGAGGCGAAGCCGUCACUCAUCCGCACCGAAAGCGACGAGGCGACUUACAACCUCCAUAUCAUCGUGCGUUUCGAGCUCGAACGGGCGAUGAUCGAGGGCGACCUCGAGCCGGCCGACCUUCCCGCCGCGUGGAACGAGGCGUACGCCAACACCGUCGGCGUCACGCCGCCGAGCGACGCCAACGGCGUGCUGCAGGACGUCCACUGGAGCGCGGGGCUGUUCGGCUACUUCCCGACGUACGCGCUGGGGAACCUCUACGCGGCCCAGUUCUUCGACCAAGCCGAAGCCGACCUGGGCGAUCUCGAACCGGCGUUUGCUGAGGGCGAGUUUGCAACGCUGCUCGGCUGGCUGCGGGAGCGGAUCCACUCGGUCGGCCAGCGGCUCUCGGCGGCGGAUCUCGUCCAGAAGGUGACGGGCAAGCCGCUCUCACACGAGCCAUUGAUGCGGCGUUUGCGAGCGAAGUUCGGCCCGCUGUACGGCUUCGGCUGA